AUGGCGGCCACAGCCUACACCUCGGUCCGCAGGUUCUCGACGUCCUCGACGGGGUCAGGAUCGGACUACAGCGAUGCAGGGUCGGAGGCGCUACCGGCGACGACGGCAAAAAGGCGAACGGGCCGUGACAUGCACGACGAAGACGUCAACGACGACGACGCAGACGACACAAAAGACGUCGCUUCCUCGUGGUCGCGGCCCUCCUUCUCGGCCACCGCGACACCCAGUCCUGCCAACUUUUUGUCACUGGCCGAGACGAGCUUCACGCCAUUGUCCAUGGACAGCGACCUGUUUCCCGAGCGAGAGACGCGCAGCUUGAGUCCCUACAGCAGUAAGCAGCACCAGCAACAGCAACCGCAGUCGACAGUACCGGCGGCGACGAUACCAACUUCUGGAAAGGGGUCGUCGUAUGCUGUGCAACCGGACGGCGGAAACGAGUACACCGCGUCAAGUACAAGUACACGCACACGAUUCGUCGAGGCAUCCCUCCCGCCUGCGACAUCAGCGACGACAGCCAUGCGGCCACCACAUGCAUCAGCGACAUCUCCAGCAGCAGCUGCUGCGGCGGCGGCGGUGGCUGACAAGGAGGGAAAUGUCUCGGGUGCACGCGCUGUGGCGACGGGAAUAGAACCGGCGGCGUCGCACUCGACCAAGGCAAGCCAGGGCUACGGCAUCAGCAGCAGCAGCAGUGUCGGACACGGUGUGGACGCGAUGGGCCGGAAUGCCGUCAGGGAGGAAAACGAAAAGGAAGAGGGAGAGGAGGCCGCGGCGUUAGCGGCAGCGGCAGCGGCAGCGGCAGCAGAGCACAGCGGCCCACUGGCAAUCUCGCGUAGGAACCCGCGCCAGCGCCGUGCCGGGUCGACGCCGCUGUCGCUCGAUCCGCUGCAGAUGAUCAGGGGGGAGGAGGACGAGGAGGUGGACGAGGAGGUGGACGAGGAGGUGGACGACGUGCCGGACAAUCUGGACAGGUGCAGCAGGGCCGCUGAAGCGACGACAACUGUCACCACCCGCCAGGGGCGCGAUAACGAUAAGGAAAGGGAUAGCGCACCCCCGGCCACCGCCAACAACACGAGCGCCCCUGCACCCGCCGGCGCCAGCACCGCUACUACCACCACCACCACCACAACCACCACUAGCACGUCCCCUCGAUCCACCGCGUCGUCCCAAUCUCAGCUGUUCCCGUCGUCCCCAUCCCGGCGGCCCAGGGUCUCUCCUCCAAUCCAACCCGCGCUGCCCAUCGCCCCCUUGGCCCUGCGGACGAAAAAUAUCAACCACCACCACCGCGACAAUAAUAGCAAUAAUACCACCGUCGGCCCCCCGAAUACGAGCUCUGCGUCCGUCAUCACGAGCCCGGGUGCAUCGAUCUCGUCGCCUUCCACCGUCUUCUCCGCCCCAGCUGCAUUUACCCGUCAAAUCUCCACCUCCUCUUCGCUGCACUCCAACAGCAGCCUCAUCUCCCAGAUCCAGGACAGCUUGCAGCAGCAGCAGCAACAACAACACCACCACCACGACCAAAACAACAACCUCUCCUCGUCAGGCGCAGCCGUCGUCCGCCCCGUCGCCAAACCAAUCGUCCGCACCGCCUCCGACUCCAAGUUCACCCUCAAGCACCCCAUCCCCGACUUCAACUGCCGCUCCGGCGCCUUGGUCGGCAACGUCGCCGCCCUCGAGAAGUCGGCCGAGCGCCUGUCCAUGACCAGCUCCAUCGAGGACGCCAUUCGCGACCUGCAUGGGGAACUGAAGCGCUCCGACUCCCGCCGCUCCUCCAUCCUCGCCGCCAGCGUCGCCGCCUCCCAGUCCCAGUCCCCGAUUGACGACCCCUCGGCCCAGCCCGGCCCCCUGCGCGUCAUCCCUCCCGUCGCCUCCAUCGUCGAGCUCAACAACGCCGCCCGCCUCGGCGGAUACUCCCCCAGCGGCUACGUCAUGUCGCCCAACCACUCCCUGACCGGCCGCCUGCGCUCCGGCUCAAAGAACUCCACCGGCCGUCCCGAGAUCGACGUCGACGCUGUCAUGUCGCGUCACGGCCCCGGCAAGGGCUCCGAGAGGAGCGUGCGAUCCGGCAAGCCUUCGCUGGCCGAGAUUGCCGAGUCGGAGCCUGUAGCCCUGACCGGUCGCGUGCUCGACGAGGCCGACCACGCCCCAUCCCCGCGGCCCAACACCCACUACGAAGAAAACCGCACCAGCUACCACGACAUGCUCGGCGACAUGGACCGCCAAUCGUCGGGUCUCGGCUUGGACUUUGGCGGUGACAAUGCGAGGCGGACCUCGGAUGACAGGCCGCCGACGCCCAGGUCGACCUCGACGUUCGACCACACCAACGCCUUUGGCGACUUUGACGGCGUGCACUGCCAGCCGGAGGAUCUGGAGCGUGACUACGACUCCCGCGAGCACAGCGACGGCGGAUACCGCGACAUGCCAACGUCCAUGCCGCAGACGAUGCCCAUGCCGCACAUCCCCGAGCCCCAGUACGAGCCGCCGGCGCCACGCAUGCCGCCGACGAACAGGGCAGACAAGGGCAGGCCGCAGUCCUACUUUGACCCGCUCACCGGCCAGGAGAUGCUCUACUACCCGGCCCGUGUGCCGGCGAUGCUCAACCUGCCGCCCAAGCUGUCCAAGAAGCCCAAGGCCGAGGUCCGCAACGCGAGACACUCCAAGGUGCUGCAGGCCAUGGGCCACCCCGGGUUCGGCAAGGCCGAGUACCUGCCGCAGCACCCCGAGGCGCCGCCGGUGCGUGAGUCCAAAAUGUGGCUGCCCGAUCCGCUCGCCGGCCACGGCAUGACCACGUUUGGCGACGAUGUCGAGGGCCAGCGUCCGGGAGAUGCGUCGUUGAAGGAGCCCUCGGCCGAUUCGCAUGUCCCGUCCGAGCAAGGCGGCUCGUCGGUGGCGGGCGGGCAAUCUGAGGACAUGCCACAGCCCCUCCCGCCAACCCAGCAACGCCGCAAGUCCAAAAUGCCAAGGGUUUCGCAGCUGCCACCCCAACUGCGUGCGAGCGCCUUUUUCGACCUGCCCUCUACAACACCAAAAAUCGAGGUCAAGGAAGGUUCCGCCAUGGCCACGCUCGACAGCAUCCUCGACGCAUCCGCGACCGCCCCGGUCAGCGCCUUCACAGACCAUGCGUAUGCCGGCAAGCUGGGCCACGAGGUGUACGGCCCCGACCGCAAGAAGAACCGCAAGUCGGCCGCGCCCACCGUCUUGCUGCCCGAGGAGCACGUCAGGGCUGCCUCGCAGAGGAAGAAGGGCGGUCUCGCGCCCUUUAGCAAGAAUUCUGACGACGGAUCCCGCCGGAGCUCGAUGGCUGGCAGCAGAGAAGAGAAUCAGGCCCUAUCGGACCACGUCGACGGCGAAGGGGUCGACAAGCCCAAAGGCGAGCGCUCUGACGGAGAGGAGGAAGAGGAGGAGGAGGCGGACGAGUUCGCCGGUGUGCUGGACGGACCCCCCACCACUCUGCUCGCCGAGCUGCAGCUGCGCAAGUACCACGCCAAGAUGCGCACCCAAAACCCGAACCGUAACGUUGGCCGGGACGGCAUGCACGCCACUCUCAUUGAGCUCGACGCGGUUGCCGAGGCGCAGAAGAGGCACCGCGGGAAGAAGAAGAUCGCGCUCGCCUGGGAAGACGGGGCCAAGGAGGAAGAGGGCAGCUCCGACGAGGACGACGUCCCGCUUGGCGUGCUCUACGCGAGCCAGCCGACCAUCGCCGAGAGGAACCGCCCUCUGGGUCUCAUGGAGCGCCGUGACCUGGAAGAGAACGAGCCCCUGAGCGCCCGCCGCGCCCGCCUGCACGGCCAGGAGCCACCGAGGACUCUGGCCAAGCAGAGGAGCAACUUCACUCUGAAUGCUGGAUUGAGCCACUACCGCCUUCAGCAGAUGCCUUCCACCGAGCGUAUGCGGCCCCAGGAAGAGUCGGAUGACGAUGCCGUCGAGGGCGAGACUCUCGCCGAGCGCAUGCGCCGCCUCAAGGCCAAGGAAGAAGCCGAACAUAACAACCUUCCCAACGCCCGCCCCGUCAGCCGGGGCUUCUCCGCCGAGGUCCUCGCCCAGUUUGGCGAACCCGAGAAGCAGCCCGAGGACAAGGGCAAGGAGACGGAGGCUCAACCCGAGGAGGGAGAAGAGACUCUUGGCCAGCGCAGGAAGCGGCUGCAGGCCGAGCGCGAGGCCCGCGAACGGGAGAUGAUGCAGAGCGGCGGCCCCGUGGAGCCCGAGGCGCCUCCUCUGCGCAAGAAGCAUAGCUUGGCCGACGUCCUCGGCUCGCACCCCGUGAGCUACAACCCGGCCUUGGACGAGCAGCGUCGACUCGAGCAGGAGCAGCGCAGGGUCCGAGAACAAGAGGCCAAGAUGGCCGCCGUCCGGGCACAGAUGCCAACGACCCUCACUGGGCCGAACGUCCAGCGGACCGGCGGGUACAUGAACGGCGCCUUCAACGACGGCUCCGGGGGCUUCGAUAACCACAAGCCGGCGGCCAGCAACGGCCUCGGUGUCGCCAUGGGCCCCGGCGGGUGGAACCGCUCCAGCAUGGCCUUCAGCAACUACGGCGGGCCCCUCCAGCAACCGGUGCAGCGGCAGCCGUCCACGUACGGCGGGCUCGUCGGCCACGCCGGCGUCGCACAGAUGACACCGCAGCCGAUGAACGGCUACGGAGGAUACACGGCCGGCGGCAUGGGCGGCAUGAACCCUUACGGCGGAGGCAUGAGCAUGCCGAUGCCGAUGCAGCCCAUGGGCGCCGGCAUGGGGAUGCAGCAGGGCAUGACACCGAUGCAAAUGCAGAUGCCGAUGCAGCCCGGGCACAAUGGGCAGAUGCAGUCCAUUGAGCGCUGGCGGCAGAGCGUCAUGUACUAG